CAUCGCACCCCCAAAUCGAAAGAGUGGCACAUUACAGCUUGCAUCAAUUUCGCGCUCUCAGCUCUCUCCCUCCAUAAACCCUUGCUGGGGACGAUGAGCAAGUCUCCGCGCAGAGAUCUACAAGUCUUCGAUUUCAAGGAAGAGGACGAUCUCCGCCACCAAUCCCCCUCAAACCACGAUUCUCUCUUUUGCGAUUCCCAGGUCAACAGGGUUGCCAUAAAGAAUGUUGCCAGUAUUCCUUGUGUUGAUAUUGAUGUAGCUGGCACUAUCUUUAAAUUGGAGAAGGGUGAUUCUGAUCUCUCUCGUGACACAGCGGAGGAUGUAUAUGAUAGCAAAGAGAAGAAUUCUGUGUUGGAAGUGGAUGAACAAUCUAAUUCAAUUAGUCAUGAAAACCAUCAUUUUAAAAUAGAUAUUCAUAACUGCAACAAAAUAGAGAGAAUAGAUACAAAUGGCGAAGUAUCUUCACCUGAAACAAGCCAGAUUGACCCUUCAGGAUCUUCAUACAGUAAUGAAUCAAUUGAUGUCAAUUCGGAGGCUGAUGAGAGCAUGAAUGAGAGUGCUCCAACAAGUCCUGCUUCUGAUAUUCCAGAGAAUGGUGUUACAUCUAAUGGUUGUGGAUUGAACGGCACAGACAAUUCUGGCAUGGAUGACUUAAAAACGGAAGUUGUUCUUCAUCCUGAUUAUAUCAUAUACCAGGAUAAUUAUUAUAUGGGUCCAGAGUUAACCUUUUCACCUUGUUUUGUCAAGAUAAAUGUUUCAACUGCAUGUAUAAAGCAAGAAUCUUUUGAUCUUGAAUGGGCAGUUGAUGAUCUCGUUGGCAUAACAUCUCAGUUAUUUCAAAGUAGCGGAACCAUCAUUAUAAAGCUCCGAGCAAUACCAAGUAAUGCAAGCCAGUCAAAUCAUGUAAGCAAUGCUUCAGGCAUCGAGGAAUUGGAAAUAGCGGUCGUUGAUUACAGUUGGUCCCUGAGACAUAAACAAAUCACAUCUCUUAAUAUAAAAUACUUGGCUAUUUGGAACAUUGUGCUUCAUACGGAUGUAGAAGGCCAUGAAACUGAUUCACGUGGAUCAAGAUGCUACUUCCCUAAUUUUGAGGAGCCUUUUGAUGAUGUUAUCUAUCCUAAAGGGGAUCCAGAUGCUGUUUCCUUAAGCAAGAGAGAUGUAGAUCUCCUGCAACCAGACACAUUCGUUAAUGACACAAUUAUUGAUUUUUACAUCCAGUAUUUAAAAAAUCAAAUACCAGAGGAGGAAAAGCCUAGAUUUCAUUUUUUUAAUAGUUUUUUCUUUAGGAAGCUUGCUGAUAUGGACAAAAAUCCAUCUAGUGCUUCUGAUGGAAAAGCGGCGUUUUUACGUGUUCGUAAAUGGACUAGAAAAGUAAAUUUAUUUGCAAAGGAAUAUAUCUUCAUUCCUGUGAACUUCAAUCUUCAUUGGAGUUUAAUAGUCAUAUGCCAUCCUGGUGAAGUGCUUAAUUUUAAUGGUGAGGUCUCAGCUUAUGAUCUUUCUUGUGAAACUCUGUUUUCAGAGAUUUAUGUUAUUAUACACAUUCCAGAUAAGGAGCUGGACAAUUCACUCAAGGUACCCUGUAUAUUGCAUAUGGAUUCUAUCAAAGGAAGUCAUAGCGGUCUGAAAAACCUGGUGCAAAGUUACUUGUGGGAAGAGUGGAAAGAGAGACAUAAGGAUACUCUGGAUGAAGACCUUUCGUCAAGAUUCUUCAAUAUGCAUUUUCUUCCACUUGCGUUGCCGCAGCAAGAAAACUCGUAUGAUUGUGGCCUAUUUCUGCUCCACUACCUAGAGCUGUUCCUUGCUGAAGCACCUCCUAAUUUCAAUCCUUUCAAACUGACCAAGUUUUCCAACUUUCUCAAUGUGGACUGGUUUCUGCCUGCUGAAGCUUAUCUAAAGCGAACUCUGAUCCAGAAGUUAAUCUUUGAACUUGUGGAAAAACAUGGUUCGCAUGAAAUCUCUUCCUCUGACUCUAGCGAUGAAGAUGACGAGUGCUUAGAAAAUAAUGAUAAGAGAACUGGGAUUGGUCAUCCUGAAGUCAAUAAGGAGUCAACAACUUCCCAUGCAGGGCAGGGAAUAGAAAUCACUCUAUUGUCUGGUUCAUCGUCUUUGGAUCCUCAAUCCUUUAACAACAAUUCAGGUUUGGUUCUUAAAGAGCUUUUUGAGCCCGGGGCUACUGCAGGAGCAAUGUUGGGACAGUGCCAAUCUUUUGACCAGCGAUCAUCUGAUUAUCAAUUCAAUGGUUCAAUAUUUUCGAUGGAGGAAGACACGGAUCUUGGCGAACAGUUUAUGUACAUGUCUACAGAUCCCAACUUCCAGCAAGUUGCUGGAAUUACACCUCAAACAUGUUCUUUGCCAUAUCUUCCUAAGGAUUGUGCAGAUGAGACAUGUCAUAGACCACAAAUUUCUCUGCAAGUGGAUCAUGAUGGGGUUGAGUCACCUCUAGAUGCUUCAAAUGGUGCUUCAGAUGAUUCAGAAGACUUGGGGGUAACUAAAAACUGCCCUGUUGUGGAUGAGCCCGGGUCAUCUAAUGAAGCCAAACAAGGUGAGAAAACUUGUUCAGCCAUGGAAAAUGCUGAGCACGUCACAUGUAUUUCCACAUCUGUUGUGGGAAAUUCUCAAGACUCGAUUGCAACGUGUGAUGAUAACAAGAACGGAGAUUUCCACUCUUCUGGUGAAGAAACCCUCUUAAUACCAUUGUCACAAGUUUGUGAUGCAACAAAUGAUGAGGCCACAUGUGAUGAUGGUCAGGCAAUUGAAGGCAUGACACCUGAUAUUUGUGAGGAACAAGCUGCAAAGAGGAGGCGGCUUAUGCCUGCACAAUGCAGAAGUGAGGGCGUUGUGACAGAUUCCGAUUUGUAGAUAUAGAUAGAUGACUUUUUUUACCUUUGUUUUUGAAUUGUUUCUAGGUUUAACUUUGCCAACAUGUGAAUAGUUUCAUCCCUUGGUAGUUGCUAAUUUGUGCUGUUCUUGUGGCCGUGCGAUUUCUGUGACCAAAAUUGACAGAUAUCUGCAGACUUUAGAUACAAUUCAUCUGUGCAAUGAUAGGAUAUUUUUUUUCCUGAUAAAAACCUUUGAAGUUCUUUCUC